AUGAGCGGCGACGAUGUGCUCAUUGUCCCCGUUGUAACACCGUCUGGGACAAUCCACUUCGCUACAAUCACAUCUCUCGGCACCAUCCAGGAUGUGCUAGAUGCACUGCUUUCGGAUUCAGCCAUAACCGUGGAAGUGCUUGGAGAUCUCGAGCAGUUUGGAUGGGCAUUGCAGAAGAUUCGCAGGGAGCAGAACGGAUGUCAGUGGGAGGAGGAGGAGCUGGAGCGACUGGGAAAUGGAAUUCUGCCACCAUCUACCAUUGUAGCGCCUCUCUUGAACUCCUCCACGCCGACUGCCCGUACUGAGAAGACAUUUUCGGCGUUCCCGCUGACCUCCCACCUCCAUACGCCCGUUCUGCGUCUCAUUUCACUCCAUCCAUUCCUGGCGCUGACUUGUUCUUUCCUGCGUGUGCCCGAGAUACAUGAUGGAUUCCAGUGGAAGGUCUUCAUUUCCAGACGCUCAACUGUUCGUGACGUCGUGGAUUUAAUCAUAGAGCAAUUGGGUCUUGCAAAGGUUCUGCCCAUACCUGGCGCUGGAAGCUUGGAAUAUGUGCUCGAGGAAGUAUGGGUGCAGAAUGAUGCUGAAAGUAAGAGUCGGUUACCGCCUACGGGCACAUUGUCCGUUAUAAUCGAGACGCCGUAUGUUCAGAAUCCGUUCAGCGCGAAUCCUUCCGCAGCAUUGCGCAGCUUCCGUUUCUGCGUUCCAGACGAAUGGUACCGCAGGUCCAAGGUUCGGACGAUGUCGACCACUUCCAAUGAGCCUUCCGACGAUACCGUCAAGCGUCUCGCGCAGUUGGAAGUGAUAGAGGAAAGCGAAGGGACCGCUAAGCUGAAAGAGUCCCCUUCUGCGCCACGAGCAGAUCUUCCAGCAAGUCCGGGAUCCACAGCACCGACUGACUGGCGCAGCUCUAUAUCUCAGAACAGAUUCUCCAGCAUCUUCGAAAAUUGGAUUCGUCCGACUGAUCCGGAGAACGGUAACGACACCGCGAGCACCGAGAGGAAGAGCGUUAGCGAGCCCAAGCUUGUAGCACAUAGGACAGGCGAUAGCCUGUCUCGUAACAGUAUUGCUGGGCAGGACGCCGCAUCUGAUACGGAUCCUGUCGAUUCUGACGAAUUUGAACAAUUCUUGGAUGAGAUGGGCUUGAAAGGCUACAGACGAGACGCCAUGUAUCAGCUGCCUGAGCAGCAGAAGCAGUACCUAAUGCGGAACAACAAGGAGGCUCGUGCCUCGACACUAUCCAAAGCUUCCGCUAUCAAACCGACGGCAAAUCAUGUGUUGACGUCUUCAACUUAUGGACCAGCAAGCGCGACAGCAUUGCUACCUCGUCUGGUCCCUCAAAUCACCGGGGAUUCUGGAUUGAUGAGACGUUUCUCCCUCGCUGGAUGGGGAGGCACAACGACCACAGGCGCGGCAGAUUCUCCUCGUACUAGUGUCGGAUCAGUCAGCAACAGAAGAGAUUCCAGUGGCUCAGGAAAGGCGCAAGUUGUGACGAAAUCCGCCGAAGUAACGACUCAGAUCAUCCAGCCGCAAACCACUGGCGGCCUGUGGAGCAGCUGGUGGGCUUCCUCAGGUGGCGGUGCAGCGUCGUCUGCAAAGGAGGCGGAGAAGACCGCAAGGUGGUUCGUUGAUGGCAUCCGUACUGGCAAAGCCACUGAUAGGAAGGUCGUGAAGCACCUCAUCUCCCUUCGCGUGCAUCUGUCUACAGCGAAUCUUGCAUGGAUUGAGGAGUUUGUGGAGGCAGAGAAGGGAAUGGAUGCUCUUGGCAAACUAUUAGCGGGCCUUGUCGGCAAGGGUGGCAAACGCAAGAAGCUUGACGAUGUAGAAGAUACCGUAUUGCUUGAGGUCAUCAAAUGUCUCAGAGUUCUGCUGAAUACUGAGCCAGGCUUCAAUGAAGUCCUUUCGGGGUCAACGCUUAUCACACAUAUCGCUUAUUCUUUGCAUGGCUCGUCCCCCAAACUGCGUACUCUCUCAUCCGAGGUCCUCGCGGCAAUAUGUGUUCUGUCAUUAAGGGAAGGGCACAAAGCCGUACUCUCUGCGAUGUCCGACUAUCGCAUCGAAUUUGAGGAAGCGUUCCGCUUCCAAGAAUUGAUCGCCUCGUUACGUUUGCCUGACAUCACGGACGAUGGAACGGUUACUAAUGAAUUCGGCUACACUAACGAGGAAGAGGGUGUCUGGGAUGCUCGGACAGCAUCUAUGGCGCUCGUCAAUGCUCUCACAAAUUGUCCUGAUGCACUUGAAGAACGUAUUCUUCUCAGGGAGGAGUUUGGACGACGUGGUUUGAAUGAAGUCAUCGUCACUCUGCGUUACAUUAAGCCACCAGAGUCAUUGACAACGCAACUUGACGUAUAUACGGAGGAAAAAUUCGAGGAUGAGGAAGACAUGCGCGAGCGUGCUCGCGGCCUCGUCAACAAUGACUUUUCACCUUUGUUGACCGAUCGAACCCUGGAACGCUUAUGUCGCCUGGCGACAGAACAGGAGACUCUCUGGCUAGAGCUUACUAAAAUCCUGCAGCGUCUAUGUGAUCUUUUCGGACACGAAAUCGACGGCCAGGUCAAGAGUGAUCUUCUUGCAGUGAUUUAUGCCUUCACAGAUCAAGCAGUGAACCUCGAUGAUCUUGGAGACGGAUGGGUGCCGUUUCUGAAUACGUUUGUCCAAGACGUACGACGGUUCACCGGUCAAGAACUUGUUGUCGAAGCCCCUCGGGACGGCCAUGAGCUAAUUUUGGCUGAAGAGCUUCGAUCUCUUCAAGCUCAUGUCGACCAAUUGAGCAGUGAGAGAACCGAACUUAGCAAUCAACUCGAUCAGCAGAUCACAGAGAUUAAUGUUCUGAGGUCUUUAAACUCGGUUAAUCCUCCGCAGCAUGAUAAAGCUGCUGGGAAGCCUUUCGCUGAGUCAAGUCAAGGCUUCCACGGCCUUGUCCAGCGCGUGGUACAGAAAGAGAAGCAGGUGUCACAGCUACAAUUAGAACUCGACCGUCUCAAAGCGCUCAAUCCGAGCGAGGGAAGAGAUAACGAGCGAGCCAGGAGAGAGCGUGACAGAGUGAAAUGGAACACAUUGAAUGAGGAAAUUGCCAAACUGAAGAUCCAGACGGGCGAACUUGAGACGAAUCUCAGCGUCAAGGACAAAGAAAUCCUGUUCUUGAAGCGAGCGCUCGAGUCCGUUUACUCUCGGUUCCGGUCACGAGAGGAAAGCAGAGAGACAGAGGUUGAUGCCGAGCAAAUAGCCAAACGUGCGAUCGAUGGACUUGUUCAGAAGGACGAAGAGAUACUUGCUUUGCAAGCAGAAGUUGAGGCAUUGAAGAGGGAAUUAGCGGAGAAGCCCAAGUUCAUCACAGAGUCUGCCUUCAAGCGGCAAGUUGCACCACCACCGCCUCCACCACGUCCGCCAUCUGUAAUACCUAUUUCUACUGGCAUUGUUUUAUAUUCUGCCACAUCACAGGUCGAGAGCCCCACGGCAUUGUCCCCAUUUCCCCUACCUCCGCCUUCUCGGCCGCUGAGAUCACCUUUCUCGCAACCCCUUGCAGAGAACGAGCGUGCUACGGCUGUACAGUAUGAAGUAUCAUCCGCGGUAACGUUCUCUGCGCCGCUGUCGCCACCACCACCACCGUCAUCGCCAUUACCACCAUCCUCACCGCCUCCCCCGCCUCCGCCCCCGCCCCCCCCCCCCCCCCCGCCGCUGGGCCUCAUCGUCUCCCCAGCUUCUCAGCAGGAUGAGGUGUCGGAUACUGCACCCCCACUUCCACCGCCUCCUCCUCCGCCUCCUCCACCUCCGCCAAGUGGCAUGAAUGCACGUUCUCCAACGGGAAUCUCCCCUCUCCCGGGGCCGCCGCCGCCUCCUCCUCUUCCUCCGAUGGCGCACAAGGGACGUCUAGUCCAUGUAUCGAGACCUACCAACCGUCUUAGGCCUUUUUUCUGGAAUAAACUCGCCGCGCCGUCGUUACAAUCCACUGUCUGGAGCGACGUAGCCUCCGAUACCCCCUUCGAUCUGAAUGAUUUGGAAGCUACAUUUGCAAUUGAUACUGCCUCUUCAAGCAAUCUGCAGGCUAAUAUAUCAACAUCACGCAAGCAAUCUGUCACUACGUUGCUCGACAUUACCAGAGCGAACAAUGUUGCUAUCAUGCUGUCACGCUUCAAGCCGGGAUUGUCCGAUAUCCGUGAUGCUAUCCUAGUCCUUGACGAUAGCAAGCUUUCGAUAGAUGAUCUCAGAGCCAUCGGAAGGCAAUUGCCGACUGCAGAGGAGAUCAGAAGACUCAAAGACUUCGAUGAUAUUAGCAAGCUGGCGAAGGCUGAUCAAUAUUUUUAUCACAUCAUGUCUGUUCCUCGAUUACAAGAGCGCCUUGACUGUAUGCUUUACCGCCGGAAGCUUGAAUUCGAGAUAGAGGAGGUUAGACCAGAGCUCAAUAUCGUCCGCAAUGCUUCCCAUGAACUUCGUUCUUCGGCGAGGUUCAAGAAAGUAUUACAGGCUGUAUUGUCUGUCGGCAAUGCCUUGAAUGGGUCUACAUUCCGUGGUGGCGCCAGAGGCUUCCAGCUAGAGGCGCUGACGAAGUUGCGGGAGACGAAGACGACGAAGGGAGGACCCGAGUGUCCGACGCUGUUGCAUUAUCUUGCACGUGUCCUCCUGCGAAGCGACCCUGCUUUAGUAAUGUUCAUCGAGGACAUGCCGCAUCUAGAAGCAGCUGCUAGAGUCUCUGUUCAGUCGAUCACAGCAUCGGUCCAGUCGAUGGUCGAUGGUCUGAAGCAGGUUACAGAGGAGAUCCGAGUGCUGCAGAGAACAACGUUGCCGAACGACAAAUUCGUUGAGGUAAUGCAGCCAUUCUCUGCGCAAGUACGCUCAAGUGUCGAUGCCCUCAGGAACAUGAUGAUUGCACUUGACAGCCAAUUGCGGUCACUCUUGGCCUUCUAUGGCGAGAAUCCCGACUCCCAGGACGCGCCGAAGCCCGAAGACUUCUUCGGUCUAAUUCUGACGUUUUCCGGAUCGCUUCAGAAAGCGGCGUUGGAAGUACAUGAUACGGAAGCUAAGGUUGUGGGUAGCGUGACCGUCAAGGUGGAAGAGGCCGCACCUGCAGCGGAACCCCCACUAUUGCCUCCGCCGAGCUCUUACAGUCGUGCCACCGGACGAUCGCUCGGCAGGGGCGAUCUCGACCAAGCCAUCCGCAGUAUGCGCACAGGUCAACGCAGAGCAAGGGCACCAAACAGGCCCCUUAGCAAGAUGUUUGUUGAUGGUGCGCGGACAAGCCGCUUCAUGGAUCAUCAGUGA